GAGCGUCGCUUGAUUUUCUCUGAGACAAGCCCACUCGUCCAGCAAAAUAGAGUCCCUCAGGGUGACGGUUGACUUCCUGAAGGUGCCUCUUGGCCUGAAGAAGCCAGUGCUGAAGGAGGUGGCUGUGGGGCCCCCCAAGAGGCCCCAGUCUGUGGCCCUGGAGCGCUACAAGGCACGGCGUUCAGACGCCAUGGACACCGAGUCCCAGUACUCGGGCUAUUCCUACAAGUCGGGCCACUCCCGCAGCUCCCGCAAGCACAGGGACCGCCGGGACCGGCACCGCUCUAAGAGCCGAGAUGGGAGCCGUGGGGACAAGUCGGUGACAAUCCAGGCUCCAGGGGAGCCCCUGCUGGACAACGAGUCCACGCGAGGGGAUGAGCGGGAUGACAACUGGGGGGAAACGACGACGGUAGUAACAGGCACCUCGGAGCACAGCAUCUCUCACGAUGACCUCACGCGCAUCGCCAAGGACAUGGAGGACAGUGUCCCGCUGGACUGCUCCCGUCACCUGGGCGUGGCGGCGGGGGCCACUCUGGCGCUGCUCUCCUUCCUCACUCCACUGGCUUUCCUGCUGCUGCCCCCACUGUUGUGGCGGGAGGAGCUGGAGCCGUGCGGGACAGCCUGCGAGGGCCUCUUCAUCUCCGUGGCCUUCAAGCUGCUCAUCCUGCUCCUGGGCAGCUGGGCUCUCUUCUUCCGCCGGCCCAAGGCCUCGCUACCGCGCGUCUUUGUGCUGCGUGCGCUGCUCAUGGUGCUCGUCUUCCUGCUCGUCGUCUCCUACUGGCUCUUCUACGGCGUGCGCAUCCUGGACGCCCGCGAGCGCAGCUACCAGGGCGUGGUGCAGUUUGCCGUGUCGCUGGUGGACGCCCUGCUCUUCGUGCACUACCUGGCCGUGGUCCUGCUGGAGCUGCGCCAGCUGCAGCCUCAGUUCACGCUCAAGGUCGUGCGCUCCACCGACGGGGCCAGCCGCUUCUACAACGUCGGCCAUCUCAGCAUCCAGCGCGUGGCAGUGUGGAUCCUGGAGAAGUAUUACCAUGACUUCCCUGUCUACAACCCUGCCCUCCUCAACCUGCCCAAGUCCGUCCUGGCCAAGAAAGUGUCUGGCUUCAAGGUGUAUUCCCUCGGAGAGGAAAACAGCACCAACAACUCCACCAGCCAGUCCCGGGCUGUGAUUGCAGCGGCGGCCCGGAGGCGGGACAAUAGCCACAAUGAGUACUACUAUGAGGAGGCUGAGCACGAGCGGAGGGUGCGCAAGCGGAGGGCCAGGCUUGUGGUGGCAGUGGAGGAGGCCUUCACGCACAUUAAGCGGCUGCAGGAAGAGGAGCAGAAGAAUCCCAGGGAGGUGAUGGACCCCCGGGAGGCAGCCCAGGCCAUCUUCGCAUCCAUGGCCCGUGCCAUGCAGAAGUACCUUCGGACCACCAAGCAGCAGCCUUACCACACCAUGGAGAGCAUCCUCCAGCACCUUGAAUUCUGCAUCACACACGACAUGACGCCCAAGGCCUUCCUGGAGCGAUACCUGGCAGCUGGACCCACCAUCCAGUACCACAAGGAACGCUGGCUGGCCAAACAGUGGACACUGGUGAGCGAGGAGCCGGUGACCAACGGGCUCAAGGAUGGCAUUGUUUUCCUCUUAAAACGCCAGGACUUCAGCCUGGUGGUGAGCACCAAGAAGGUCCCAUUCUUCAAACUCUCCGAGGAAUUUGUGGAUCCCAAGUCGCACAAGUUUGUCAUGAGGCUGCAGUCUGAGACCUCAGUGUGACUGUGCAACAGCAGGGAGAAUGGGAGACUCUGGGGGGCUCCUGAGGGGGUGGGAGGGGGCUUGGCUUUCAGGCCUGGCCCCACAUUCCUGCCACCCUUCAUCCUCCUGCUCUUGUUUUUUUUACUUGAAUUAACUUACCCACCCCCCCUCCAUUUCCUCCCCUCCUCCUUAUUGACCCUGUGUGAUCCUGGGGAGGCCGUCCUGCUGUGAACAGCACCUGGGGAGUCCCUCCGCCCCUUUUGUAUCACUCCAGGCCCUGCAGGAAUCAGUGCCUCUCUCCCUCUCCUUCCCUAACCUUUCCCUGCUGACGAUCUCUUCUGAAAGGGCACAGGGCCCUCCUGAUUGUACCCUCGUCUCCUGUUUCUCCACUUACACACCCAGUUCUUUCCAGGGGCUUCUGACGGGGCUUCUCUGGGGGGCAUGGAUAUGACUCCAGAGAGCCAUGGUGCCAAACUCCUCCAGGGCAGCAGCUCCCCAUCCUGUCUCCUGACCGUACCAGUAACAAACCCUGAGUUCCUGCCACAUAGCACCAGAGUUAGGAAUCCCCCCACCAGGGUUAUCUGCCUCCAGCUUAGAGUCUCCCAUCCCCAUCCAUGCAUAUUUAGAGCAAGGGAAGGUCCCCUCCUUUAUCCAGAAAUCUCUACCUUCCAUUUCUGAUUUGCAUGGUCACCUGUGACCACAGGCAAACCGAGGUGGAAACCCUCUGGGACCACUUUUCCUGGGCCUUACGGGAAGGUACCUUUCUUCCAAUGUGUCUUUCCUAGGCAGCCUCUGAGGGGAAGGGCAGGAUAGACCCCUGAGGUCUGGGAGAGACCCUGGUCACUGACCCUUGCCCUCAGAACCUGCCCUCACCUUUGUUUCUGCCCUUCCCAGUGAGGGAUGACAUGUAGACUCCUGUACAGACUGAGUGGCGUGCAGACCCUGACGCAACCCCUGUGGUCUAAGACAAGCAUUUUUCUUUCCUUCACCAGCCACCCUGAGACCUGCUGUCUUCUCUCGACUCCAGAGACCUGUCGCGUCACCUCUUCUGGGGGGAAGAGCCAGCAGCUCCCCUCAUCCCCUGCCUUAAGUCCAGUUCUUUGCCUCAGGGGUCUCUUUUCCUGGCCCUUCCAGGGUCCCUUGCUCUUCACUCCCUGCCGAAUUCUCUGGGUUCUGGGCUCCCUCUGUAUUGGGGUUAGGGACCAGGAUUAUUGCCUUUUGUGGGUACUUAGCCCCUCACCCUGUUUUAGCUUCCAAAGUCUUUGUACCAAAUCCAAAUUUUCAAUAGUUUAGGUCUCAUUUUGAGAAAAAUUUGAUGGCCCUGUAAUACAUAUUUUUUAUGUAAAUCUGAGCCUUUUAAUCAGACACUUUUAAAUUACGUAGUUUUCACAAAGGGGAAUGGAAAUAGGAAGCACCCAUAUACGUCCAGCCAGGAUCCACAUGGAGGACCAUGCCCCUGGGCCAGUCCUCUAAAUAACUCACAGUGCCCCUUCAGAGGCCCUUCUUUCCCCAAAGACACUGUUGGUUCCUGCCUUGCAGAGCACACCCUGGGGUGAGAUCCCUAUUGAUCUCUUACCUGGGAGGCUUCCUCUCUGCCUGGUGGCAGCCCUGGGGUGACGGAGCCUAGUGAUAGGGGGUUCUCCCGCUGUCCUUUCUGAAAAGGCACGACUGUCCACCCACCACUGGCUAGAGAGGGACUCAUAGCCAUUGUCCCCACUGGGAUGAGGUGCAGGGCUGACUUGGGCAGGGCCUCGGGCUAGGGCUGAAAGUUUUUGGAUAGGCCUGCGUGAAAUCCAUUCUUCACUGGAGGUCCUGAGAAGGUAUCUUUUCUUCUCUUCAAAAACCUGAUUUCAGAGGAGUCCCUUCCUGUCACAUAAAUACCUCACUAUCCUGGAAAACAGGGCCUGGAUGGUGAUUGGGGUCAUGGCCUUUGUGGGCAGGAGGGGAUGUGGUGUGGUUUGAGGAGUGGGCUGGGGUGGGGAGAGGGAAAGUGUUUGGAAUCUUAGUUGCUGCCCUAGGUUAGGGGUGGAGGAGUGUUUAUUUUAAAAACCUGCCAUGUUUUUAAUCACUGUGAUUUUUUUCAUUCCUUUUUCUUAAACAAAAAGAAUUUCUUCCCCCAAACUCUCUCUCUAAGCACUAAGGGCUGUGACUGAGAAUGGUAGCGUUUUUUGGUCCUUUGCGUCAGAACUGUGGUAUCUUUGUCUUCUUUGAUUAUUAUUGUUAUUAUUAUUUUUUAAAACUUCAGGAUAAAUUGUCAAGUGUAUGGCUGUGCGUUUGUCUUUUGUUUCUCCUGUAUGGGAAGUUGUCUUCAUGCUGUGAACUGCUGUGGGGGGUGCAGCUGACUCAGUUUCUCCGAGCAGUUUCCCCCACUAUGCCUGUCCCACCAUUCGGUGGAUUUUCUCAUUCUUCCGCUGCAAGGGCAUGCCUGUCUCUUGCACUCGCCCCCCCACCCCAUGUCACCAUAAGGGAUGUUGUGCUGGGUCUCUCCAGCUCUCUUGUUUCUAAGACUUCGUGGCGUCCUAGCUCAUCCCUACGAACCCACUCGGCCUUCCUUUUCAUUACUUUAGAACGCUUUCCCUUCUUCCCUCCACACCAGCACAUGGUGCCUCGGUCCUUUGCCUACCUCGCACUCUGCACUGUCCCCACUGGCCUCUUUCUCCUAAACUAGUCUAUGCUCUCUGUGUUCAUUCUUGUUUAUUUCCCUCUAGUCUCUCAUUUCUUCUCCCCCCCCCUCCAUUUCAGCCCUUAAUUUUUCACUUCCCCAUCCCCACUCAGUAUUCCUAGUGCAAACCCUGAUACAACACUUGUGAUGAGACUUUGGGAUCUCUGGAACCUUCCCAUCUGGGACAUCCAUUUCCCAGAGUUUGUGCAUCUCUCCUCUGCUGGGCCCAGAUGAGCUCCCUUGCCCCUCCAUGGUGUCCAUCAGUCUGUCUGUCUUCUCUUUCCUCUGCCCUCCCCAGGGGGCAGUAUCUGCUGAUGGAUUCAGUCCUGUUGUGUGAUUGUUGUGAUUUGUUCUUCUGUGUGCAAAAGGAAGGGGGCUUUUUGAGUCCCUUCCAAGUGAGAUUGUAAAUGUAGAAUCUUCCACUGUUGGAUCUAGAUUUUUUUUUUCUUUUUUUGGGUUACAGAGCUGAGACCUUGUGCAUGCAUGUAGAAAAUUGUAUAAUGUAAAUUUUUUUUUUAAUAUAUAAAAAGCUUGUUUUUACAGUUUGCGGUGGAUCUAAACAUUAUGGCAAUUUUAGGGAUUUUUUCUUAAACAUAGCAACUAAAACUGUACAAAUUUUUUUUACAUAAAAUAAAGACAUUUGACUUUUGUGGGGGCA